AUGGCGAUAAAGAACCAUACCUCAGUCACAGAGUUCAUACUCUUGGGCAUCCCCCACACCCAGGGGCAGGAAAUGGUGCUCUUCGUGGUGUUCUUGAUCUUCUACCUCUGCACCCUGGCUGGAAACCUGCUAAUCCUCGUGGCAGUGCUGUCCGACUCCCGCCUUCACACUCCCAUGUAUUUCUUCCUGUGCAACUUGUCUGUGCUGGACAUCGGCUUCUCCUCUGUCAGCACCCCUAAGAUGUUGGCCAACCUGCUGCUGGGGAACCGUGUCAUCUCCCUGGGAGGCUGCAUGGCCCAGGUUUUUUUCUACCACUUCCUCGGCAGCACUGAAUGUCUGCUCUACACAGUCAUGGCGUAUGACAGAUUUGCAGCCAUUUGCCACCCACUGCGAUACACCAUCAUUAUGAACCGCCGAGUGUGCAGCCUGCUGGCAGCAGGCACCUGGUUUACCAGCUCAUUCCAUGCCACAAUCCUCACCACACUCACCUUCCAGCUGCCCUACUGUGGGUCUAAUGUGGUGGACUAUUUCUUCUGUGACAUCUUCCCAGUGGUCAAACUGGCCUGUGGCAACACUAUCAUCAUUGAGACCGUGAGCUUCACCAACAUUGGCCUGGUGCCCAUGACGUGCUUCCUGCUCAUCCUGGCCUCUUAUGUGCGCAUCGUGGUGGCUAUCCUCAGGAUGCACUCAGCUGAGGGGCGGCGCAAGGCUGCGUCCACCUGCGCAUCCCACCUUGCUGUGGUCACACUGUUCUUCGGUCCCUGUGCACUCAUCUAUACUCAACCUUCGCUCAGCGAGGUGCUGGUCACCCCUGUGCAAAUCUUUGGCAAUGUUGUCACCCCUAUGCUGAACCCUACCAUCUAUACUCUGCGAAAUAAAGAUGUCAAGGGAGCCCUAAAGAAGCUAGCUGGGAGUCAGGAGAUAUCUGAAGGUCACUAG